AAGAUUCCGACCCUCAUCCUAUCUGCAUCCAUUUGUUUUAAUUGCCUAUGCCUUACCUUUACACUCUAUAGACGUUAAAAUCGCAUAGAGUUCAAGUUUAGAUUUAGGACGUUACACCAUCUAGCAAUUCGAUUGGCUCCGCCUGACUCCAUUAAUAUGAAUCUAGAGAGACGAGGCCGCAAUUCGAAACGAAACUCAACAGCGUGUGAGCAUUGUCGGGCAGCUAGAAUCAGGUGCCAACCCAGUGACCAGCCAGGGGUGUGUGAAAAAUGUCUCGCCUUGAAGAGAGAGUGCAUCUCCCGCACUAGAGCACGGCCUCGCAGAUGGGAACACACUUGGGGAAUGGGAGAGAUCGAUCCGUCGCUGCACCCACUGGGCCAGCUCAGCACCUUUAGCAUUGAUUACUCUGUGCCAGUCAAGGCCGGUCUUGAUGACAACUUCGAAACCUUGCGGGAAAUUCAUGACCGGGCUCUUAAUGCUGCACUUAUUGAAGAGAAUCCCAUCGACAACUCGCAAACGGCAAGCCAAUCCGUCAGCCUUCCAAGCCCCUCGAGUUUGUCGAAUCAACCUCAUUUAAUCUCCGACAUCUGGCGUCAGCCCUUAUUCAAUAUAGCUUCCGCCGAAUCUCUCCUAAAUUCCUUUAAGUCCAUGGUCAACUACCUACCAUUUGUAAUCCUACCUGAUGAUUCUUCCGUCCUACAUCUCGCUGCCACAAAACCUUUCACUCUGCUGUCUAUCUUAACUGUAGCUUCGGGGUCGAAGAUGGUGCAGAAACACGCGCUGUAUGAUGAUGAGUUUCGGAAAGCCCUAGGUCUCAAGUAUGUCUCUGGCGGGGAAAGAAGUCUUGAGAUGCUCCAGGGCUUAUUAAUAUACUGCGCAUGGUAUCCUUUUCACUUGUGGCCCAAAAACGGACAGCUUGUUCACUGCUUGCGAAUGGCGGCAGAUCUUGUUCAGGACCUCCAUUUAGAUGAAAAUUUUCUUACAAUGCGUGAUCCGUGGAGUCCGAAAGUGACAGGCGAUGAACUUGAAAAGAUCCGAGCAUAUCUCGCCUACGUCUAUCUUGUUUCUACGUAUAUCGUUGUAUGGAAAGGAGAGACAAUUCUACGUACCCAUUUCCCCCCUUGGGCAAGUUCCGCCAUUGACACCCUUCAACACAACGCCCAAGUUGAAAGUGACAACACGCUAGUGGCUUUAGUCCGCCUAUCGAAUCUCUUCUCCGAUGCAUCCGAAGCUAUCAAUGAGAGAGACGUGCAGACGGUGCAGAACAGUCGACUGAUUUUGAUUGGUCUUGAGCAACAAUAUCAGGAAAUGCAGGGCAGCAUGACCCCCACUGUUUUGGGUUCCGAACCUAUACGAUUGCAAACGAUGUUUGUCGAAAUCUUCCUUGACUGCGGGAGCUUACUCGCAUUCCCUGUAGCGAAGACCUACCUGUCUGCCAAUAUAACUCCCUUUCCUCCCCUAUUAUCCAAGAUCUGCACUGCUACAAAAAAGCUACGAGCUUUUCUGGACUACAUAAGCGACCUAGAAGAUUCGUCACUCCUCUCAUUUACUAUAAACGACUGGACUCGACUUAUUGUCGUCCUUACACUGUCGUUCCGCUUGUCAUUCCCGCUUUUGCUUUGUCCGGAUUUCGAUUCGGCAUGGGCUCGCUCCGAACUCCAACUAGAUCAGUUCUUAUCCAAAGUUUCGCAUGGUGCAGAUAUUGCUACAGCUUCAAAUGACAUUAUCUCAGCUAGGCGCGCCGUGCUUAGUGUUAUGAAGUCGAAAUACGAUCAUCGGUUGGGCUCACUUAGCGAACCACCGUGCACUGCCCCAGCAAGCAGGAUUUUUGGGUGUCCUAUGAUGGACGGAAGCCUUCGAACAUCCCUGGGACAAUGGGAUCCCGAGCUUAUAAAUAUAUCGGGAUCGUCCACCGAUGCCAGCGAGGCGAAGAACCUUCCCCUUUUUAACGAUGUAUGGGCAUCAAUGACUAUGGGAUGGGGAAACACUAGCGACAUGUCUUGGGACACAUUCGAAGACAGUUUCUGAUCAUUAGCUUCAGAACAUCUCAAUGUUGGUUCUAGCUGAAAAUUAGUCCAUCGUUAUUCUAGAAGCACCAUACGUUACCGUUGUUGUGUGAGAGCGCCGGAGCUGACUACAACUGUAUAAUGGAAAUUAAAAGAACUUCUGGUCAGAAGCUGUUUCUGAGGUACUGACCUUAGUCUAUUCAAAUCGGUCUAAUAUCUACGAGCAUCAUAUAACGCUAGUAUGCCAUAUGGAUUUUCUAUACUUACUUCGAAUCUCGCUACAUCUGUGUCUCGGCUGGUAUAGAGGCUCCUCAGGCCUAUACUUGAUGCUCCGCAUGCCCACAUCUCCGACUCUAGCCACCUCUAAGCAGACCAAGCUCAAACACACGGUCAUACAUACGAACUACUCAUCGUCAGGUGAUUUUAAGUCGCAUCAGCCCUGAGAAGCACUUGUCCAUGGAAGUCGACGCCAGAUUAACCCACUUGGCAUGUUACUCGGCGG